CCCUCAAACCCGCUCGCGCGGCGUCUCUCCCCGUCUCGCAAAAGAGCGGGAAAAUCGAAGAACGCCCCCACCCCGACGCACGCAUUCGAUUCCGAGAAAGGGGGGAAAGAUGGCGUGGUCUCAUCCCGACAUCUCGCUGGAUGAGCUCAUAACCCUCAUCAAAGGGCUCAUCGAUAUCUUGAUCUUAGCAUCAGGAUACCAAUCCUCCGGCCUCCCCGCGACCUGGGACGCCGACAACAUCAAGAAAGCCAUCCAAUGGGGCAUCUUCUUCGAAGAGGUUCUUAACCAUCUACAUGGUACUCCUUACUUUGAAGAGUCCAUUAAAGAACUUGAUGAAGCUCUACUCAAUCUCACCUCCAAUCCACUGUUUCCUCAGGGUCUUGCCCGUCUGACAUCCGCAACUCUUUCUAGUGCAAGAUAUUUGGUUUUACAACAUCUACUUAAAAUUCACCCUCCAGAAGAUGCACAUAUUUUUGGUCUUUUGACAGCAGUUAUUGAAGUGGAUAUCAGUGAACUCAGCGAUGUGGAUGGCAAUGGCCCUCACAUAUAUAUUGACAGGUUGACGUCAAAGAUAGAAUCACUAACUUUAGAAUCUGCAAACAACUUGGUCAAGGAUUCUACAGUUCCAUUGUAUGCAACCGGUUCAAGGACUUCUGCUUGUUCUAAAUAUAAAGUCCUUGAUCAAAAAAUGCCUACUGAUAAAUAUGUUUGUAAUUCACACUUUGUCAUCCGAGAGCUCUUAAAAAGGCGAGCUUCCAAGUCAUGCUUGUUUUCAGUCGAGACAGGCCUUUAUAAGGUUUCAGAAGUUGUUACGAGAAGCAACUCGGUCGAACUUGAAAAUACUCUGUCAGAAGGUCCAGUCGAAGAGGAAAUCAUGAACGAGAAGUGUUUUUGGAACAACUGGAGGUCAAGGUGCCUUUCUUAUUUGUUAGAUAAGAGGACUGUCAAACUGAUCUCGGGUGCAAACUUGAUUUUCACUGCCCCGAAGCUCCAAUGGAUUCAUGUUUUUGAAGCAUUGAAAUUUGCAACUGAUGCCGAAAAUGAUAAUCUUCUUGAGAUCAUGGAGAUCUUGUUAUUAGGUUUCAUUUCAAGCAGAUGGAGCUGCUUACUUGAACAUUUCAUUUCACGCUCUUAUGAUUUCCUUCCCAUUUCCAAGCAAUACUCUGAUCUACAAAACUUGCUUCAGGGAGACUCUCAGUCUUUGCGUUCAAAAAGUCAAGUCCUUAAUUCCAAGGAGAAAGACAUCAUCGAGUAUCUGAUGCUGCUAUUGAAGAGUCAGCCCCACAAAUUAUGGGAAGUCCCUGCAGUCCUUGUAGCAGCAGCAAUUCCUUCCGGGUCAAUUUUGUUCAAGAUAUACUUCAAUGAUAUAGAAAAGCAAUUCACUGAAGCUUCUUCCUCAACAAGAUGCUGUGGCUGCCAUCAAGUUGGAAAGAAGCACAGGGAUUGUGAAGUAGCUGACAGGAUUCGAUGCCUUCAUAUGUUUCAUGUUCAAGGUCCAAGUCUAAUGGUUGAUGAUUCAAGUGUUUGAUCCAUGGUUCAAGAUCUCUGGGUUAGUACUUUGAUCCAUGGCUCAAGAUUUCAGGAAGCUGUAGCUCGGACUAUGUUAUUUGCCUUCAAAUUGAUUAAGGUCCAGCAAAUUUUGAGCUAACCCUUGUUUUUCUAAAGUGAGAAACCCAUACAUCAGCAUAAUGAAGGUCACCGAAAGCAGCUGUUUUAGACCGGUUGGAUCCUUUCUAUGGGGACAAAGCUACAUAACUUGAUUGAUCCUCGAAAUAUAAUCUAGUUGGACUGAAGCCUAGAAUUGAAUCAUAUCUUUUCUCACUUUAGAUUCAUCGUGCUUGUGUGGAAAGCAAUAGAAAGGUGUUUGGUCUACUGGCAGAUCUUGGUGCUUCACUUUUAGCAUAUGAGAGCAGAACGACACGGCUUUAACACGUGAGCAUAUCUACUGUUAAUGAUUCUCCGCGGUCUUUAUCUCUCUUAUCUCACUAUAAAGCCACAAUAUAGUCUAGUGGAGUCACUUGUAAGA